AUGGCAGACUUUGACACUGAAUUUCCACCAAUUGAAGACCAUUCCAUAUCCUCAAAUACGCUUCUGGACUCUGAUCCCACCGCCGAUUUCCUGGCAAGGGAACAAGCAGUUCUUGGAGACGAUGCUGCAAUAUUUAAUGCAACCAAUUCAGUUUCCACUUCGAAUGAGCUUGAUGCCUUUCCAGAUCUAUCUUCUUCUUCAACGAACAGUAACGUUUUUAGUCAAACCAUUAGUACUGUGCCUGGUGCCGGAUCUGCUUCUAGCGCCUUACCCGAUUAUUCUGCUUUUCAUUCCGAAUUUCCACAAGUAGAAGUUAACAAUACUCAGGAACGACAAAGAGAGAUUAUUGCAAAGCGUGAUGAAGAGUCUGAGGCGAAAAGACGGGAAACGAUCGCUAUUGCACGGGACGCAAUUGACAAGUUUUAUGAGGAAUAUAACGAAAAGAAGGCACGAGCACAUGCAAUUAACAAACAAGAAGAAGAAGAGUUCUUACGUGAGCGAGACGAUCUCACUUCGGGUACAACUUGGGAACGCAUUUGCAAGCAAGUUGAUAUUUCAAAUGUUCAGAGCAAAACGUCUACUAAACACGUUAAGGAUGUUGGCCGUUUCAAAGAGUUACUUCUCGGUUUGAAAAAGGAUGCGAAUGCUCCAGGUGCUGGUGGAUAUUAG